AUGGCUUUGCAGCUGGUUGCUCCGAAGGGCGGUCAGGUGAACCUUCGCCUGCAGCAGACGAAGCCCAUUUUCGGGAAGACCAGCGUUGACCAGGACAAGGUGGCGAGCGUGCUGAACGGCGGAAAGAAGGAGCUCGUGGUGCCCCUGCUCCAGCACCUCACGGCCGCAGGCCGGUCGACCAUCGAGACCCUCCAGGUGACGGAGUGCAUUGGACGACUUCUGAGGAACCGAGAUCCGGCCGUGGCCGCGGCCGCCGCGGAGGCCCUCGCCGCCUCUGGGGCCGGUGGGCAGCGCCAUGAGGAGGCAUUGCUAGGCCUCCUCCUGCGACCCGAGGACUCCGUCACCACUGCCGGCCUGAGGGCGCUGGCACAGCUAGGCCCGCUGAUCCAGCCUGCGCGGAAGGCGGUGGUCAUCCGACAGGUCGCAACCUGCCUCUCGCGCAGCGUGCCUGUCCGUAGUGCAGCUCUUCGAACCUUGGCGGCUCUCAAGGCCACGCGCCAGGCGCUCGCUAUAUCCGAUGUGGUGCAGACGGAGAAGGUGCCGGAGGUUCAGGGCAUUGCCGUGGAGGCUUUGGCGCAGCUUGCAUCGCUGACAGCCGAAGCGGAAAGCUGCUUCCCUGAGGACGCCCGCGAGAAGAAGCUAGCCGAGAUGCUCGGUGACGACCGCCUGCGCUACUCAGCGCUGAUGGCGCUGGCCUCGCUGGGUGACAAGGCCCCCGCCAGCCUCCUUCAGAAAGCAAUAGAGGCGCUUUCCGACCCAGACCUUGCGACCCGCGGGGCGGCUGUCGAAGCCGUGGGUGCCAUGGGGGAGCACGCCGCGGCGUCCAACGACGCGAUCGUGAAGCUCAUGGAGCUGCUGAAGUCUCCGGAGGCUGCCCGCCGCGCCGCGAGUGCGAGUGCCCUGGCGGCCAUGGGCGCUCAGGCCCUGCCUUCGGCGGACCUGGUCGUGACCCUGACCCAGGAUCCCGAGGAGGUGGCGGCUCCUCCGCUGGCGACCUCUGGCGGCCGGCCACCGCCAGGACUGCUGAUGCCGCGCUGUGCCGCCAUAGCGGCUCUGGGUGCGAUGGGCGCCGAGUCGCACACCAAGGCGGUCGCCCAGGGGCUCCUCGACAAGAAAUGGCAGGUACGGCAGGCCGCGGCCGAAGCUCUGGGCAAGCUGGGCGAGGCCUCGCGGAGCCACGCUUCAAGCCUCCUCGGCUGCCUGACGGACACAGCCUACCCGGUCCGUGCUGCCGCCUGCGCUGCCUUAGGGACCUGUCGUACGCCGGAGGCCCUUCCUGGCUUGGCCCAGGCCUUCGAGGAUGAGUCUGCCGUGGUCAGGCGCAAUGCUCUCGAAGCAGCUUCCGCCCUUGUGGUUUCUGAGGAGUCCUAUUGCCACGAGGUCUUCAAGGCGGUCACCGACAUGAACGGGCAGGUUCGUGCCGCGGCCGUCAAGUGCCUCGCGCGGCAUCCGCGCUUGGGGCCCAACUACGCAGGAGUCGUGGCUAUGAAGUUGUUGGAUCACGACGCAGAUGUCAGGGCGGCGGCCACUGCUGGUUUGGGUGACUUGGGUGAUGCGGGCCUGGGCUUCGAGAAAGAGGUCCAAGCGAUGAUGAACGAUCCCAGCGAGGCCGUUCGACAGGCCGCUGCCUCCUCCCUCGCGAAUUUGGGCUUGCGUUCGCCGCUGGCGCCCAUCAAGCCGUUGGCCGCCCGUGGUGCCGGGGCGAUCAAGGCGGCCAUGGCCCCGCUCCCGGACAACAAGGAUCCAGUGGAGGGACUGGGCGAGUACUACAAGAGCAUCAUGCUCAAGAAGUCGGAGCUCGUGAAAUCGGGCAAGUGGAUCGACGACGACAUCUUCUGA